CGGCGAUACAUCCACCUCCGCUAUCAGCAGCAAAGCAAAACCAAAUCUGCUGACGUUGAGAUAGUGCUGCGAGAUCUGACUCCUCAGGCACCAUUUGGUUGUUAGUUUAUCGGCGACCUGAAAGGUAUACACAUUCCUCUGCGACAGCUGAAUCGCACACAUAGGCGUUUACGCAAAACUUAUCCAUUCUGUGAAUCUACGCAAACCGAAAGUACCAGCAUGACACCUAAUUUGCGCCAAGUUUACGCCUUUGCCCGGGAGUAUCACCAAAAGAAGGAAACCCAGAAGGACAUUCAGUACGGCACGGCAGGUUUCCGAUCGCACGCCGAUAACCUCGAUUAUGUGAUGUACCGCAUGGGUCUGUUGGCGACGUUGCGUUCGCGUGCCAAAGGAGGCCAGGUGAUUGGCGUAAUGAUAACGGCCUCGCAUAAUCCCGAACAGGACAACGGCGUGAAGCUGAUCGACCCGAUGGGAGAAAUGUUAGAGCAACGGUGGGAGAAACUGGCCACAGCACUGGUUAACGUCAGCGAUGCCGACCUGGAAGCACAGGUGGCCAAGAUAUCCGAUGAUGAGGGAAUCGAUAACAAUGAUCAUGCGAAGGUGUAUGUCGGGAUGGACACUCGGUAUCACAGCCCGCAGCUGGCGAAAGCGGUUUUGAAUGGAGUUGCGGCGUUGAAGGGCAAUGUGAGAGAUUUCGGAAUUGUGACGACUCCAAUGCUGCAUUACUUCGUUACAUGCUCUAACACCAAUAUGGCCUACGGAUUACCCACUGAAGAAGGAUAUAUGACUAAGCUGAUAAAAGCUUUCAAGAAUAUUAGAGGAAGUACGUUUGAAAAGGGGAACUACACCAAUAAACUAUACUACGAUGGUGCUAAUGGGGUUGGGUCACUGAAGAUGUUAGGCUUUAUCAAGAAAUUUGAUGGUUUUUUGGAUGUCAAGGUGUUCAACAGCAAUGGAAAGAUUAAUUUUAAUUGUGGGGCUGAUUUUGUUAAAACUAACCAAAGAGCUCCCGAAGGUCUGCCAGAAGUGGAACCCAACGCACGUUGUGUUUCCGUAGAUGGCGACGCCGAUCGUGUCGUCUAUUACUUCACCGAUGAAGCGGGAGUAUUCCAUCUUCUUGACGGAGACAGAAUCGCUACGCUGAUUGCUGGAUACCUCAAAGAUUUGGUAGAGAAGUGUGGUGUGAAAAUCAAUAUGGGUCUUGUGCAAACCGCAUAUGCGAAUGGAGCAUCAACAGAUCACAUUGUGAACCAAUUGAACGUUCCGGUAGCAUGUGUACCUACCGGAGUUAAGCAUUUACAUCACAAGGCAUUGGACUACGAUAUCGGAGUCUAUUUCGAAGCAAACGGGCAUGGCACUAUCAUUUAUAGUACGGAGGCCAAGCGAAAAAUCACCGCUGCCAGCAAGGAUGAAUCCUUGACGCAGGAGCAGCGGGAUGCUGCAUCACUUUUACUUGAAACAAUCGACCUAACCAACGAAACUGUAGGAGAUGCUAUCUCAGAUCUGCUCCUGGUGGAGACCGUGCUGCACUCCAAAGGGUGGAACCUGCAGGAUUGGCUUGGAACGUAUGCCGAUCUGCCCAAUGUUUUGAUGAAAAUCAUGGUCGAAGAUCGGAACGUUAUAACCACCACCGAUGCCGAGCGGGUUUGUGUUACUCCCCAAGGGUUACAGGAUGCCAUCAAUGAAAUCGUAACUAGGUAUAACAAGGGUAGAUCUUUCGUUCGACCAUCCGGAACCGAAGAUGUGGUGCGGGUGUAUGCUGAGGCGGACACAAAAGAAAAUACACUGCAACUCGCGCUAGAAGUAGCAAAUGUCGUGUACGACAUGGCUGGUGGUAUCGGGGAGAGACUAAAAAUGGCAGCCAUUUGAGUGAAUUUUUGUGUGAUAAAUGAAAAGAGAUACUGCCGUUUAUCAAAAGACAAAUUGUAACACCGCAAGCAAAUUGUAUAAAAAGGGACCACUUCCCUAACCGAGAUUAUUUUUUUUAAAUUUGGAUAUAGAAUGUAGACAAUUUCAUCGUGUGAUAAAAUUUUUAGGCAAAUAAAAAGAUUGCAGCGUU